GUCCUGGUUCUUCUGCCCGUAUCUCUUGAGAGUCAUGCCUGAGAUUUCCUGUUGAAUGUACUAAGUGGCAAGAGAUUUUGCUGGAGCACUGAGCACUUAUGGUGGAGCAUGGGGGAUCUUCACAGAUGCAGGUGGAGAGGCUGGAUCUACUGCCAAGAUGUUCUGUUUCCAAAGAUACAGGAAGUCGUGUCAGCCGCAUGGUCUACCUACUCUAAGCCAGUUCCGUCCAGCUGCAAUGAGCUCCUGGCCUUAUUUCUGCAGUGCUGCUGCAUCACAGCCUUAAUAGGUGGCCUCUUCUACAACUGGUUGUUUGCUUCACUAGAGUAUCCAGCCCAUCUCUCUGCUGCAACUGCUGCUUUCUUCAGUUUUCUGCUUCUAUUGGCCCUUUUCUUGGUGCAUCCUUUCCGCUGCAUGGUCACUAUUAUUGUGCCUACGCUAGGUACUAAACAAGGCCGGAGGCUUCUCUUGUCUACCUGCUUCAUGAUUGUGGCAGUUAAUAUAACACCAAAUAUCAUGGGAAACAUUAAAACCAUACUGCAGGUUAUUAAGUGCAUUUGUAAGAAUUCCUCUGAGAGUCUUCUGAAUUCAACUGCCCUGUUGGGGAGUGCUUCCUGGGAGUUUGGUCACCACAUCAAACCAGUCUUUGACAGCUUAUUAGUCUGGAAGCCCAUGAAUGGACCUUUUCAGCUUCUUGUGGAUAGAAAUACCUCUGUAAUUAGGCAGCAGCUGGGCCUUGCUAGUCAAAAGAUAAAAGAAGAUUUCUUUGCUACUGAACUGCUGGUCAAGGGUGCAGUCCUCAUAAGCAACAGGGUGGUGGCUGGCUUCUUCAUGUCCUAUCUUUUUUUUGAGUCUGCUUGGUAUUUGAAAAGCUAUCUCACCAACCUUCAAUUUGACAACAUUUAUAUCACCAAGAAGCUGGAGUGUUUAGCUGUGGAGAAUGAAACAACCAACCUGCUGGCCUGCUUGCCCAAAAACCUUAUCAAAUCAACUGGCCUGAAGCUUUCGCGGGAGGAAACAAUGGUGUGCCUCAUGCGCAUGCUGCUUCUCACCUUGAUGCUGCUGCUGACAGUGGUGAUCAUAGCAACAGACCACAUUGCCUUCUACUUGGCAGACACAGCAGUGAAAGAGAUGGUUGAGCUUCCCACAGUGCCUGUAACUCUCAACAUAAAAUAUAAUGCCAAAGUAAACAUUGUGCCCUUUCUCUCAAGUCUUUUCCUUUAUGGAGGACCAACGGCUAUAGACUUUCAAAGAAGUUACCAUCAGAAUCUGACCUUUGUUUCUGCUGACUGCACUAGGAAACCGCCUAGCCCACCUAAUAACUCUGUGGCGCUUGUUGUUGGACUGCUCUUUUGCAUUAUAUAUGCCAUGAUAUUUCUGGAAACCUAUGCACACCGCUUGUGCCGAAAAAUCUCAGCCUCCUUCUUUGAGAGCCAAGAAGAGCAAAGAGUUUAUUACCUCUAUAACAAGCUAUUAAGGACACACAAGAAAAAGGAGCAGGAAGCAUUUUCAGAAAGGACAGCAGCUUUAUAAAGAUCCUGCAAGCUGGAACAUCUAGGGUAUCAUGACAGGAGCUAAUGAGAUACUUGAACUAUGAUUCCACAACAAUUGCAUCUUGGAUAAUGCAGCUUGGGUUUUGUUUUCUGAGUCCGAAUUAGGGAUGUGGAAAGGAAUGACAAAAUCUGAAAAUGUUAUGUUUUGUAAAUCUUACAUAUUUAUUUUUGCUCAACUUAAUAAGACUGUUUUACAACAAAAAUGAUCCUAUUACAAAAAAAAAUCAGCAUUUUCAAAUUUCUAAGGUUAUUUUGAUGAAGAUAAAAUUUGACCCCAGACCCUGCAAAAAUGUAAAAACAAGAUUGCAUAUUUUAUUUAGAAAAGGGUCAGGUCACAAAGAUGUAAAGAAAAGCAAAAUUUGAGGCUUAUAAAAUGGCCUGGGAUUAGAUUGUGUAAAAUAUAAUGCUGAUUUUGCCCAUACCUAUGUA